GUGCGUCUCUUAGCUGCGCGCCGACCUUUCCACCAGAGGAAUGCAUUUCGGUGGCGCUUAUAUAUGCCGCCGAUCACCACGCCGUGAUAGCACCCCACGACCGGAGCGGCAUAGCAAAGGGAGCGAGCAGAGCACACGAGCACGUACGGCGCAUCCAUCCCGUGUUCAGCAGCUAGCAAUAGCAUGGCGAGCGGGGGCAUCAAGACGAUGGCCUCGGGCCUCCUGUUCCUGAACCUCAUCAUGUACGUCGUCGUCGCCGUCAUCGCCGGCUGGGCCGUCAACUACAGCAUCGAAGACAGCGCCCACUCACUGAGGGGCGCGUCGCCGCCGGUGCGCCUGUUCCCGAUCUACUUCCCGAUGGGCAACCUGGCGACGGGGUUCUUCAUCAUCUUCGCGCUCCUGGCCAGCGCAGUCGGCAUCUCCACCUCGCUCACCGGCCUGCGCGACGUCACCGAGGGCUACCCCGCCAGCAUGAUGUCGGCCGCCGCCUCCGCCGUCGUCUCCUGGACCCUCACCCUCCUCGCCAUGGGACUGGCGUGCAAGGAGAUCAGCAUCGGCUGGAGGCCCCCGAGCCUGCGCGCGCUGGAGACGUUCACGAUCAUCCUGGCGGGGACGCAGCUGCUCUGCGUCGGGUCGCUCCACGCCGGGGCCAACGCGGCCAUCGAGCAGACGCCCAUGGGUGUCAGAGCAAGGGUCUGAUCGGUCGACGCAGGCCGGCCGUCGAUGCAGUGUGGUCUAUUUGAAGGUGCAUCAUCAUCAUCAUCUUGGCAAGGAGAAUUAUUGGUUUGCGUGUGCGUGCGUGUGAUGUGAAUAUGCGGAUUAUAUAUGCUACCGUGUCGGCGUUCUCAGGGUGUGUGUGCGCUUGCGGUGAAAUUGUCUCCGGCCCGGUGGGGGUGACAAUCACAUAAUAUGUCGAGUAGUAUUAUUCUCUAAUUUGUGGGACUCUUGCAUUCUGCACAAAAUCUGGCAAAUAUAUAACGUUGUUCAUGCAAAAUCUGGCAAACAUUACUAAUUCUGGGCUCCAUUUAUACAACAGCGUAUUGAACGAUUGAACGGUACGCAACUGGGUCGCUGAAUAGAGACAGAUGAAGCAGAGCUUUCACAAAUUCAGAAGCGGCUCUGUUUUUUUUUUUUGAGGAACACAAGCAGCUCUGUUUUUUU